AUGGGCAAAUCUGAAGAAACGGAAGAGAAAGCUCCUCCAACGUACCAAGAAAAUGUCGAAGUAACGACCAUCCAACCAAGCUCGAGCAAUGUCAUCAAUCCAGUUGUUGUUGAAACUGCGCCGCAAGUGAUCAUGACACAGCCGCGGACUUGGAAGCGACCAUGGCAGUCGCUGAGCUGGUGUGAUUCUGAAUGCUGUCUCGCAUAUUGGGCUCGACCGUGCUAUCUUGGACGCGUUUACGCAAGAUACGAGGGAGAAGAGUCCUGUUCUGGGCAAACUUGUCUGAGAUGCUGCCUACCUUGGUGCUGCUAUAUUGGUUCCGAGAUGGCCCUCCAGAAUCGACUCGCAGCCCAGAUGGGAAUUCAAACUCCUAAUGGCGGCUGCUGUACCAUGUACUGGUGCGAGGCUUGCGUUUUGGCCUCCAUGUACUACGAGCUCACUGAAAAUUAG